AUGGCUGCCUUGCUGGACGACCAGGAGAAGGCGGCCUUGCCGUCUGGCAGCCUCGAUGGCCGCUCGAGUCCGCUGCGUUCAAAAACGAAAAGGGUAUACGAAACUGGAGAGAGGAAAGGUCACAUUGUGGAUGGGGAACACGGCUCCAGGGUCGGCAGCAGACAUGGCCCUGCCGCCGAGGGGGCAGAGGAUUGCCAUGGGCGGUCGCGACGGGGUCAAGGCGGUCACGACGACGACGAUGACGACAAAGAGGAGGACGAGGAAGAUGCUGCCGUGGACAGACAGCCGAACAUCCUGGACCGAGUCUCGAGUCGCGUGACGUCGAGGUCGAGCGACGAGCUGAGCGCCCCUCCGGACGGGGGAUGGCUGGCCUGGUCUCAAUGCCUCGCCGGUCAUCUCGUCAUCUUCAACACCUGGGGCUGGGUCAACUCGUUUGGGAGCUUCCAGGCCUACUACACGGAGCUCCUGGUGCGGCCGCCCAGCGACGUGGCCUGGAUCGGCUCGCUCAACGUCUUCCUCAUCUUCUUCGUCGGUACGCUGACGGGCCGCCUGGUCGACGCCGGCCACUUCCGCCCCGUUUUCCUGGCCGGCACGGCGCUGCUGGCCCUCGGCGUCGUGUCCGUCUCGGUCUGCACUGCCUACUGGCACCUGAUGCUGGCGCAGGGCCUGUGCCUCGGCCUCGCCCACGGCUGCCUCUUCUGCCCGGCGCUGGCCGUCCUGGCCGCCUACUUUGACCGCCGCCGCGCCUUGGUCCUCGGUAUCGCGGCCUGCGGCAGCUCCACCGGCGGCCUCGUCUUCCCCGUCAUGGUCCGCCAGCUGCUGCCGGCCGUGGGCUUCGCCUGGACGGUGCGCGCCAUUGGCCUCGUCCAGCUCGCCACCAUGGCCGUGGCUAUUGUGCUGGUCCGCCCGAGGAUGAGUCCACGCAAGACGGGGCCCUUGAUUGAGUGGUCUGCUUUCAGCGAGCUGGGCUACAGCUUUUACGCCGCCGCCGCGUUUUUCAACUUUUGGGGCGUCUACUUUGCCUUCUUCUACGUCGCCGCCUUCUCGCGCGACGCCCUGCGGCCCGGAUUCUCAUACCCCGAGUCGCUCAACCUCCUGCUGCUGCUCAACGGCGCGGGCAUCAUCGGCCGUCUGGCGCCAAGCUACGCGGCGGACCUGGUGGGCGCCGUCAACGUCUUCAUCCCCGCGUCGGCCGCCGCCUCGGGUCUGGCGUUCGGCUUCAUCGGCGUCGACUCGCGCGCGGGGCUGUACGCCUGGGUCGUCUUUUACGGCAUCGCCGCCGCGGGGAUCCAGAGCCUGUUCCCGGCCGCCCUGUCCUUUUUGACGACGGACUUGCGCCGGCUCGGGGUCCGCAUGGGCAUGGUAUUUACCAUUGUCAGCUUCGCCGUGCUGACGGGGCCGCCUGUCGCCGGGGCCCUCAUUGCCGGCCCUGGCGGGUACGCAGCCGCCAAGGCCUUCGCUGGCAGCUCUAUUGCCGUCGGCUGCGGGUUUCUCGUCGCGGCAAAGGCUGCCAAGAUGAGCGCGACCGGUCAAGGUUGGACGGGAAAAACUUGA